CUAGUAUUACGGCCCCUCUGAGUCUGAGCCGACUGAAAAGAGACGGUAGCUGGAGAUGAGUGUCACAAUUGGGCAUACGGUUGCACCCAAAUUCACGCGACGACUUUUAUCGCUGAGUAUAAAUUCUUCUACCUCAAUCCAGAUUCCCCAUUCCAAAAGCAAUUUGAAUUCUCAAUUUCUCUUCUCUCUAUCACUCUCUACUGCCCGAGUACCAAGUAGAAGAGGAACAUUUGCAUCAAUGUCUUACGAUAGUCAAUUAGCCGCCGCCAAGAAAGCUGCAUCUCUCGCUUCUCGCUUAUGUCAGAAGGUUCAGAAGGCUUUGUUGCAAUCUGAUGUCCAUUCAAAAUCUGAUAAAAGUCCUGUCACAGUGGCGGAUUAUGGUUCACAGGCCAUUGUUAGCUUUAUUCUCGAGAAAGAGUUCCAGUCAGUUCCAUUUUCAUUAGUAGCUGAAGAGGACUCUGGGGACCUUCGCAAAGAAGAAUCCAGAGAAACUCUGCAUCGCACAACAGAACUCGUGAAUGAGACCCUAGCUAGUGAUGGGCUGCCAGCUUUGUCUGAGGAACAAGUGCUUAUAGCUAUUGACAAUGGAAAAUCUGAAGGGGGGCCUUAUGGUCAGCAUUGGGUUCUGGACCCGAUUGAUGGCACUAAAGGCUUUUUAAGAGGGGAUCAAUAUGCCAUUGCUUUAGCAUUACUAGAUGAAGGGAAAGUUGUGCUGGGAGUGUUAGCCUGUCCAAAUCUUCCUUUCACGUCUAUUGCCAGACAUGAUCCAAACAUUUCCGAAGAUAAGACCGGUUGUCUAUUUUCCGCCCAAAUUGGUGCCGGAACAUAUAUGCAAAGCUUAGAUGGCUCCCUACCUACAAAGGUACAUGUUAGUGCUACUGAAAACACUGAAGAAGCAUCGUUUUUCGAAUCUUACGAAGCAGCUCAUUCUUCACAUGACUUAUCUAGUUUGAUAGCAAAGAAACUUGGUGUUAAAGCCGAACCCGUCAGGAUAGAUAGCCAAGCAAAGUAUGGAGCUUUGUCUAGAGGAGAUGGGGCGAUAUAUAUGAGGUUCCCUCGAAAAGGUUACCGAGAAAAGAUAUGGGACCAUGCCGCUGGAUACAUUGUUGUUGCAGAAGCUGGAGGUGUUGCCUCAGAUGCCUCUGGAAAACCACUGGACUUCUCAAAGGGUCGGUAUCUCGAUCUGGACACAGGAAUAAUUGUCACGAAUCAGAAAUUGAUGCCUUCCCUCUUGAAAGCUGUUCAAGAGUCCAUUAAAGAGACAAUAUCGUCUUUGUGAGGCACGUAGACGAGCAUAUAUGAACAAGUGACGAGAUCUUGUUGAUGCUGCCUUUAUUUCAUUUUAUUUAUUUACAACACUUUCUUAUAGAAGUAAUUUUCUUUUCCAGUCGAAGACAAAUUGGAAACACUGCAGUGUAUGUCUGGAAAUCUAUAUAUAUAUAUAUAUAUAGGGGUUGGUUCAAAUAAAAACUAGUCCAGAAUCGUGAGAAUCGUUUUUUAUGUUAUUUUUAAUUGUGUAUGAUGCUAUUUUUCAUAUUAGAUGAUGCUAAUCAUCUUUACAAGUGCUACCAAAAAAUGUGUUGCUAUUUUUAAUAAAAUUCAUUUUGAUUAAAAAUAGCAUCAAACAUAAUCAAUCAUAGCAUUACGUCCAAAUAAAAAUAGCAGUUCUCACGGUUCUGACACUAAGACUUGGUUUUCAUUUGAACCACAUCCUAUAUAUAUAUAUAUAUAAUAAGAAUUAUUAUUUACC